UAGUAUCCAUUUUUGGUAGUUGGAUGUACUGGGAACAACGCCCACUUUUACACUCUGUUGGUGGUUGUUGGUUAAAAUCACUAAGGAGCGAGUUUAUGAGAAAUAAAUGUUGUAUGCUGAUUAUAUGCAUUUGUAAGGAGAGCCAUGGAUGUUGUUGACGGUAGAAACAGCUAGUGAACUUAAUAUAAGAAAAUUGUAUGUCUAAUAUUUAAUCUGUGAAUUCGAAGACUGAGCGACUGAAUAUGAAGCAUUUAUUCGGGGAUUGAAGGUAGAUUGAUUAGAAACAUUAUAGCUCUCCAACUUUCAAGACGGCCACCACCACGUCUCGCACACAGCUGAAACUUCAGUUGAUGAAACAGCAGCUCCAGGAGCAGGAGCGACGAGAGGCAGAGAUGAGGCAGCAGAAAGAGCAGCAGCUACGGCUGUCGAAUGCCACUUCCAACAAAGUUCCUGUCACCAUCCAAGACAUAGCUAUGGAUGUCCCCCCGCAGGUGUUACAGGUGAAGACAGUCCUAGAAAAUCCAACUCGUUACCAUGUGAUCCAGAAACAGAAGAGUCAAGUGCGGCAGUUCCUAAGUGAGUCCUUGCACCAACAGCCCGUGGUGGGAAGCAGUUGUGGCAAUACUGGUGGUCGAAGUGUGAAGAGUACAGGCGAUGUGGGUAUAGGGGGCAGUGUUUUUGCUGUUCCACCGCUGGGGGAGUCAUACCGACGACGUAUCGCGACAACCAGCAGCCCCGAACGAGUGGUAACUGUUUCUCCAGGGGUCAGCUCAGUUGCAACUAGUACUUCAGAGGCUGAAGACUUGAUAGAAGAUAUUCUGUCUUUCGAACAAAGCUCCUUGGCUUCAGAUGCUUACAAAGUAUCUAAUUCUGGUCUUAACAACUCAUCAGAUAUGCAGUUUGCAACAUCUGACAACCUUUUCAGCCAAUUGAUACCAUUGGCUGGAGGCAAUGUUGGCAACAAAACCAGCAUCUCUUGCCCACCCGACCUUGAUGCUCCAAACAUCAAGUCAGAGCCGUUGCACUUCAGUGAUGCAGAGUUAAAUGCUUAUGCGAAAGACCGGCAGAAGAAAGACACUCACAACAUGAUUGAACGCAGACGGCGUUAUAAAAUUAAUGACCAAAUAAAAGAGUUGGGAACGUUGCUGCCAAAGAAUAAUGACUUGUACCAUGAAGUAAUUCGUGAUUCACGGCCUAAUAAGGGAAACAUUCUCAAAUCUUCUGUUGAGUACAUCAAGAUUUUGAAACAUGAUUCCCAGCGAAUGAAACAAAUCGAGAUGAGGCAGAAACAGUUGGAGCAUGAGAAUCGUGCAUUGCGUCUUAAAGUGCAGGAACUUGAAAUGAGAGUAAAAGUACAGGAUGGCACAUCAGUGUCACCAGUCACGGAACCUAUGCUUCACAGUUCGGCUCCUACACUGAAAGUCAGUUUUGUGAAACCCAAGCCUCUUCGGUCAGGUUCCCUUGAAAGGGUGCCAGAAGUAGUGAAUACCAUUUCUCAGGUAGAGGACUUGAUGGAUGAUGAUCAUCCAGUGACUGGUGAUCCCAUGUUGUCUUCGCCAAUCGUCCCAAGUCCAGAUUCCGUGUCACAUUUCACUAACAUGAGUAGCUACGAUAAUCUGAAGACAAUAGAUGAUAUGGACCAUUUGUGUGUGCAUGAAUGCAUAAUAAGCGACAUUGAUAUGUGUUCAUAACGUUGGCAUCAAGGUGCAUGUUAAAUACAUGAUAUAGCCAAUUUACACAUAUCUUGUAAAAUGUCAUUCUACGGCUUAUACGGCCAUGUGUGAGACACGCACUUUUGUUAGUAUUACAAUCUGAUCUCACACAAAAAAUUUAGUUGCAAUUAAAUCUGAAAUAUAAUAUCUCCACAAUGUUACAGUUCUCUAUUCUAAAAUUUGGAAGCAUUGCACAGAAUAAAAAAAAAUUAUCAAAUAGUCAUGGGUCUAAAACAAAUAUUCAAUGAGUAACAUGUCUGAUUUUAUGUUUAUAAUUUUUAAAAAGAAUUAAAUAUUAUGAUUGUGACUGAUAAUUGCAUUUAUAUUUAAUUGUAAUCUUAGCCUACAGAAUCUGCUUUCAAGUGUUAACUUCUGCUUCAAUAAUUACACUGCUUUAAUAUUUCAGUGUAUAGGUUUUUUUUUUUUAAAAAAAAAAGACCUCAAGGUAGUCAAAAUACAGAAAUAAUUACAGACCCAUUGCUAUGUGGUAAAAAAAAUAUUCAUUUUGCUCUCAUUUGCUUUUCACAAAAGUUAAUCAUUGAAUUUUGGAAUACUAUGCAUGUGUUAAUAUUGGCAGCACUUGAUUGUUGGUUCAAUAAACUUCUGUGCUUUAAUUAAAUUCAGUGAUAUACAGUUUUAGAAAAAUUUAAUACCAUAUAUAUGCACAUUAAAUUAAGAAGUUUCAACUCUUCACAAUUAUUUUUAUAUAUUUACCGGACUGUCAUGUAGUUAAUUUUAGUAAUUUAGUGUUAUAUAAAUGUUUGCAUAAAGAAGUAGUUCUUUUGCCAUAAUUUCUUUCUGAUAUUGUAUUGUGCAAUAAGCAGACGAAUAUAUUUUUAGAAGACCAUUAUUAUGUACCUGAAAUGUGUAGUUAUAAAUAGAAGAGUAAAGUUAAGUUUUAAACUUGAUUGUAUGUGUUCAGCAGAGAUUUAUAGUAAAAAACUUUAUAUUGUUAAUAUUACUACAGAAUUUUAUAAAAACAAUCCUCUAUCAUUUAUUAAUGUUUGUGUUGUAAUCACAGAUACUUUUUAAGGAUGUGCUGUUUACAGCUAAGAAUGUUUUAAAGUAUAUUUUUUAAGGAUGUGCUGUUUACAGCUAAGAAUGUUUUAAAGUAUAAUGAAAAUAGGAAGAGUCAGUCCAGCCAACAGUAAUAAUAAAAUUCUGGUAAAAACACAACUGUUAUACUUUAGAUAACAAUAAAUUAUUGACUUCGGAA